GCUCCCCGCUGAUUGGUCCGUGCCUCGCAGCUCCUCUCUUCCUCGUCGGUGAAGCCUCUGAAGGGUCGGUCACGGCUCAAACUGCUGGUAGUACCCGUUUGUCGCAGUCCUUUUCACAAAAUGACAACAGAGUCACAGACUAAGGAGCUGUUCAGGAGAGCAGAAGCUGUCUGUUUUGAUGUAGACAGCACAGUCAUCAAAGAGGAGGGCAUCGAUGAACUGGCCAAAUUCUGUGGCGUAGGGGAUGCAGUCACUGAAAUGACUCGAAAAGCGAUGGGUGGCUCCAUGACAUUUAAAACAGCCCUGACUGAGCGUCUCUCCAUCAUCAGAUGUUCCAGAGAACAAGUUAACAAACUGAUAACAGACCACCCCCCUCAGCUGACUCCAGGGAUCAGGGAACUGGUGGACCGCUUGCACCAGCGCAACAUCAAAGUUUUCCUCAUAUCAGGUGGCUUCCGUUGCAUUGUUGAACAUGUGGCCACUCAGCUAAACAUUCCUUUGCAUCACGUCUACGCCAACCGGCUCAAGUUCUACUUCAACGGGGAGUAUGCAGGUUUUGAUGAGAGCCAGCCCACUGCUGAGAGUGGCGGAAAAGGAAAAGUCAUCAGCAUGCUGAAGGAACAGUAUGGCUUCAAGACUGUGGUGAUGAUCGGAGAUGGAGCCACUGACCUGGAGGCCUGCCCUCCUGCUAGCGCUUUCAUUGGAUUCGGUGGAAACGUUACCAGGCCACAGGUUAAGGACAGGAGUUCGUGGUACGUCACAAGUUUCGGCGAGCUGCUGAAGGAGCUGGAGAAGAUCUAAAAGAACUUACUGAUUUUUAUAUUUGCACCUAAGGAUGUGCUGAUUUUUUUAUCCAGUGCACAUUUUUCCUUAGAUAUAUAAUAGAUUUUUUUAAUGCAAGAAAAUGUUUACACUAGUGACACCAAUUUUGUCUUCAUGGGGUCGUUUUCCUUUUGAUUUUUAUACUAGAAAAUAACCAAACUGUCUAUAUGGAAGUCAGGAUGGAGAUUUUAGUGUCUUUUGCACUUAAGCAUUAAAGUCUUAGGCUAAGCUAAUAUAACUCCUGCAUAUUAUGGUAUGUGCAAUGAGCAAUAGAAUGUUUUAAUUCUGUUUGGAUACUAAAAGCUGUAACCAUGUAAAUCGGUGUAUAACCUCAGUAUUAAACACAAGUACAGGCUAUGAAAAAUGAUUGAAUUAUUUUAAUCACUGUUGGCAUUUUUUCUUUCCCAUUAUACUUUUUCCCUUUGAGCUGCUCAAGAAAAACAAGAUAAAACAUGCUUCCUGUACAGUAAAAUCAGAUAUUACACUAAGUUGCAGUCUGCUUCACAGAGCCAUUGAUAGAUAACAUGUUUAUCAUACAUAAUUUAUGCCCAUUAAAAUAUGAU